AUGGAGAUUGAACACUGGUGUCCUGUCUGCGACCGCCAAAUCCUGCCUGGGUCCAGCGUCGCUCAACCCCAAGUGUCUACCUCUGGCGAUCAGGGGUCAACCAUGUCGAAAGAUGGUACGACUCUUGAUGCCACCCCCACAACAACCUCUCCGACGGCGAAAGUCGACACGGGUGCACUCACUCAACCACGGGCAUCCACACCUUCCGGCGUACGCAAACGAGUCACCGCAGGAGCCGGCAAAGCUUCGCGACCUGGUCUGCGUCGAAGCAAGACGACAAACGGACACGUCUUCACCAAAAAAAGAGCGGCCACGCAUGCUGACGUCGAUAAUUUGAUCCAAGAAUUCAUGCUACCUGCCAAUCAGAGCCAGGACGACGGAACUGCGACGGGAGCGAAGGCGAGCCGGAUGAGGACGAUAACACCGGAUACUGAUGGAUGUGUUCAUGCGCAAGAGGGCGCUGUGGAGCACAUCGGUGUAUUGCGCAGGGUCGAGAGCGAUCGACCGCGCAGUCCCAGAACCAACGACCAGUUUGCGCUGCAACCACAGGCACCCGGAAAUGUAGAUACGCCUGCAGCCCCACCAGUCCCCCGAAUCAAGUCGAGCAGUCGGUUGAAGAAUGGGAAACCCAGACCAAAGGCUAUCAAUCUCUCCACACGCCCAGACGCAAAGGAAGGCAGCCCUACGAAGAAGAUUACUGAAUCCUCACAAAGUCCCUUGGGCCAAACUCCUGAUGGCGAACGCGCCAAUCCGGUCCUAGGGGACAAGGUUUCACCCCGCGAAUUCUCUCAUGAAAAUUUGGCCGGUCAACUCUUUUGCUCGCAGGCUUGCUACGACGUGGCAGUUCGAGGAGACUCUCCAGAUACCUCGCGACCCCGUACCCCUCUUCCUUCUGGGGACGCCGACUCCGUGGUUGUCAAGUGUAGUGAGCUUAGAUACGACAUGCCCUGGCUUCGUCCUGGUGCCAUUCGACGAAGGUCACACGCCUUGUUUGGCUUUGACGAUGAAGAGGAUCCCGACUCACCCUUCUUGCCUUCUCAGGACGACGAGCAAGAUGGCCUGUAUGCUCCACCCCUUCGCCCAUUCGGACCACCGGCUGAGGAGCCGGCCCAGCCCAAAUUGGGAGAUAACCGACGACUUUCUACCACCACCGAGCUUUCCCUUUCCUUCCGUCGCACUCCGGGAGCCUUGCAAGCUUCCCCAACCAAAGGAUCCCCAAUCGAGACCGGGCGGCCGCUUCUGUUCGAGCGUUCUUCUCACCGCCGGCGCCAGAUUCAGCGCGAAAACGAAGUGGUUGAGAAGAGGCGGCAUACGGUCGCAUUCGAUGGCGUGGAGCGGAGCGAUUCCACCCGAACACCGUGGUGGCUUGUCGAUGAGCGCGAGGACUGGAAGACGUACUGGGAGGCUCGGGAGACAGGCUUAGAGCUCACGUUUGAAGAGUGGCAGAUUCUGCGCCAUCGCAAGCGCGUGGAACAAGUUCAUCGAGAGGAACAAAUGCAACGUUUCUACCAAAGCUCUCAACGCAACGCGGCAGAUGACCACAAGCUCGCCAAAGCGCCUCUCCUCAUCCGUGUCGCCAGCCAACCAAUGCUCCAUGGUUUCAAGGCUAUGCCCUCUCCAGACCGCUCUACACCAACUAGCCCGACAUCCCAACGUCCUCGCCCCUUGAGCAGGUCAAGCGCUCCACUCGAGAUGACGUCGUCGAAACGUACUAGUGCGAAAUCGAGGCCGGUGUCUGAAGGACUCAGGAUGACCGCAGUUCUUCCCCGACGUAGUUCUGCCGGUGUCGACGAGAUCCGAGCUUGGGAUGAGGUCAACGUCGACUCGUCCCAGCAAACACGACCAGAGAUGUUGCCGCAGGGUACUUCCAAACCUGCACUGCGCCGCAAUCGCAGCCUCAAAGCUCUCGCCACCAUUAUCCCUGUGGAAGCCGAGAUGCACGAUAUCAAAACAGUCUCACCUAUCGGACCUGGACCUCGUAGUCCUCUAGGAAUGCACUCCAUCUGCGCCGCGGACGUAACCACCGCUACCGGCAUCCUUCAGCGAGUCGACGAGAAAAAGGCGAAGCGACAUAGCCUCCACGACAUUCCAAGCGAUGUGUCUGGUCGUGGUAACCCAAGAGCGUUGCCUCCCCUCAUUAUCAAGGAGCACGCCUCGGUGCGCCUAUGCCCAAGUGCUACCUCCGCCGCACCGCAAAAGCCGACGGAAGAUGCGAUCACAGAGAAGAUGAGUAGUAGUCCCGAGGCUAUCACAGCUACGAGCAUCAGCGGGAGCGGGAGCAGUGGUGAGGAGAGUGCCUGCGAUCGCAUCACCCCACGCCCGACGAAGAAGACUUCAAACACCCGACCGCUUUCUACUGGCGCUCUCAUCAGUGCCAUCAACCCCCUCAGACUUGUGGAAGCAAAGGAGGAGUCGACAGCGUCGCUUUUCAUCAAGAACUAUCUUCCGACCUUUGGAAGCGUCCCAGACCAAACGACAAUCUCUCAUCGUCAACCCACUCAGACGACUGGUCGCACCAGCCUUUGGGGCAUCUUCGGGUCCGCUAAAAACUAG